AUGAUGGAUGGCCUUAAUCCACUUCGUCAUAUUAUUCGGCAUCAUCCGAUCAUCGACAACCAUGCACACAACCUGCUGAACCGGGAGUCCGCCACCGACCUUGAUAGCUACCCACUGGAAGCCAUAACUUCCGAAGCACACGGUCGGACUUUGGAAAAUGCCCAAUCUACUUUGCCCUUGCUACGAGCUAUGAAUCAGCUCGCCGAGCUGUAUGGUAGUCCAUGUGAAAAUUGGGAUGAUGUCCUGUCAGCCCAUGACCGGUGGGUCCGAGAAGACUACGACGGAUUAAUCCGCCGAUCUUUGGAAGGAACCCAUGCACUUCUCUUAGAUGAUCUUCUUGGUGAUCACGAAGAUAUUGAAAAGUUUGACUGGCAUGAUAGUUUCACUGUCUCGACCACGAAGCGCAUUGUCCGCAUCGAAGCCGUAGCGGCGGAUUUGAUCCUUCAGAUUGCCAGUAGCGAACGCAAAGCUGGCGAAACGGUUUGGAACAAUUUCCGCCAAAGAUUCCAGGGUGCCAUUUCGGAGGCAAUGGAAGAUCCCAAUGUCGUUGGUUUCAAGUCGAUCGUGUGUUACCGUACCGGUUUGGACGUGGAUCCUUAUUCCUCCGACGAUACAACCUUGGCAGGUUCACUUGUGCGCACUCUUGAUUCUGGGACUACAAAGUCUGGAUUCCGAGUUGAGGACAAGCCAUUGAAUGACUGGCUGGUCCAGCAGACACUGAAAGUCAUUCAAUUCAAGAAAAUGGCUGGUGUUGUGAAACCUUUACAAUUCCACACUGGCCUGGGUGAUAACGAUAUCAACCUGGUGCGAGCUAACCCAGCAUAUCUGCAACCGUUGAUUGCCCAGUAUUCCAAGGCAGAUAUCGUUCUGUUGCACUCGGCCUAUCCGUACACUCGGGAAGCCGGUUACCUGGCCUGUGUCUACCCGAAUGUCUACCUAGACCUUGGCGAGGUGUUUCCCAUGGUCAGCCGAGACGGCCAGGAAAAUAUCUUGCGACAGAGUUUAGAGCUCACGCCUGCCAACCGUCUACUCUGGAGUACGGAUGGACACUUCCAUCCGGAGACAUUUUGGUUGGCUAAUCGUCAGUUUCGCCAGGCUCUCGAGACGGUAUUGGUGGACUACGUCCAAAAGGGCGACUAUAGUACUACACAGGCUAUUAAAGUCGCUACCGACAUUCUUUUCCACAACUCCAAUCGCCUUUACGGGCUUAAAAUGACACCAGAGUACACACCUGGCAUUCCUUCAGACGCUUUGUCAAUGAACCAAAGCCAAGAUUCCGCGACAUCAGAUGCUCUAGAUGUAUUCAUUCGCUCAAAUCCAGAGGUCGAAUAUGUCUGGAUGCAAUGGAUUGAUUACACAGCCACAGUCCGAGUACGCAUGUUUCCAAUAGAUUAUUUUAUCCAAAUCGCCAGACAGCAACGACGAAUUGGGAUCUCGCUCGCGGCAUCCUCAGUAUUGCAAGAUGAUACAGUCACCCAGCCUGGAUCCACCACGGGCCAAUUCUACCUAGAGCCCGACCUCAGCAGCCUCUUUCUCAAUGGAAGCAUGGCAAAGCCUGCUGCAACAAGCGCAACAGUCAUGACCUUCUGGAAAUCAGAAACGAACAAGUCACUCGAUACUUGCCCACGGACAGCGCUCCAAACCAUAAUGAACAAACUUCAAGCAGAGCACAACAUCAAUUUUCAAUGUGGCUUCGAAAUCGAAGUCGUAUUUCUCACCCCAACGAAAAACGAACAAACCGGCAAGACAGUCUAUACACCAGCAGCAACCAACCACUCCUGGUCCCAAAUGACACCAGAAACACGACGCUUCGUGCCUCUCCUGGAAGAAAUCCACCGCACCCUGGUAUCAAUGGGUAUCUCCCUUGAACAAUUCCACGCCGAGUCUGCCCCAGGCCAAUUCGAAUUUAUUCUCCCUCAUGUCACACCUCUCGCUGCUGUCGACUCUCUCAUCGCAGCCAGACAAGUCAUCACAGCCGUCGCAGACAGACACGGCCUCCGCGCAACUCUCCAUCCUCGUCCGAUCCCCAGUGGCCCAGGGAAUGCUGCGCACGCCCACAUCUCUAUCUCCCCCGCCACUCGCGAAGAGAACUUCCUCGCUGGAAUUCUUGCCCACUACCCAGCAAUCAUGGCUUUCACUCUAUCCCAAGAUUCAAGCUACGACCGUGUUCGCUCAGGUAUCUGGUCCGGCUCAGAAUGGGUAGCAUGGGGCGUUCAGAAUCGCGAAACGCCGGUUCGAAAGAUCGAGUCCGGUCACUGGGAAAUCAAAUCGCUUGAUGGACUGGCGAAUUCGUAUCUUGCUAUCGCUGCUAUCCUCGCCUGUGGCUAUUUGGGAUUGAAUGGGGAUACUCCGCUGACUAUGCAGGAGUGUACUGUUGACCCUUCCACUCUUUCCGACGAUCAACGCUCAGCGCUCGGUAUCACUACCCCGCUGCCUAAGUCCCUCGUGCAAAGUCUUGAAGUGCUCGAGGGUGAUGAGUCCUUAAAGGCUUUGCUGGGACCUGAGCUUGUUAGGAACUAUGGUGUCGUUAAACGAGCCGAAUCAGCUCAUUUGUUGUCUAUGCCGAAGGAAGAACGCCACCUGUGGCUUCUUGAACGAUACUAA